AUGUGCCUCUCAAACGACAAGCACACCAUCUGCGGGCAGCGGUACAGCCACCUGAUGCAGGCUGGCACCAGAUUCACCUUUGGACCGCAGUGCCGCACAUCAGUCCAGGAUCAUAUAAUCCGCAAUCGCCUAACGCCGCUCAAGUGGCGCAAGAACUUUGAGGAGCUACUGAAGGCCAUGUACCUGACCCAGCAUGGCGCUCAUAUUGUCGACUUGAUGAGGACAAAGGUGGAAACCGGACUCCGCGCUCGUAUCCAGGACAUGGUCAACGGUGGACUAAUCAAGGAGGAGGCUCGAAACGGGGAUACCAAGUAUAUCUGGCGUGCUGACGCAGAUAACUUUCUCGGACUCCAGGGCUGGUGGAAGGAUUGGGCGCCAACAACAAGCCAGAGGCUCGCUCGCGAGGCCAAACCCAGCAAGAAGACUUCCUCCGCCACACCUUCUAGGCCCCCCAAAGGCAAGGCCGCGAUGCAGAAGCAAAAGCUGAAGCUGAAGCAGUCUCUCAACGGAAACCAGGUCAGGGGCGGCAAGAUUGGCUCCAAUGCCAUCGCGGGAGUAGGUCGGGACGUCAACCUGAGACAGACCAUUCAUGUCUACCACCGAGACGACAGCAGCUCCAGCUCUAGCUCCGACUCCGAUGACUCCAACAACUCCGACUGUCACGAGGGAGGUGUCUUGGUGUACGAGGACUUUGCCAGUGAGGAUGAUGGCUCGUACGACAGCUCCAAUGACGACCAGAUCCCAAUCGUCAAGACCGAGGAUCACGACAUCGUCAUGGUAGACGCACCUCCGACCGAGCAGUCGACGUCAGCCUUCCCGAUACACCCAUCCCAGCCUUUCCAAUAUCAGCAGUUCAUCAACAACUGCAAUCACAGCUGUAGCCAUCACAAACAGCCUCCAAAUCCUGUGGUGCCAGAGUUUUCUGUGCAGCCGCCACCUCCGCCGCCUCCACCCCCUUCACCCCCCCAGUUUCCACCCCGGCCUGCAUCUCCGGCAGGAACGCCGUCUUCUUCCGGGUCCAGCUCCGAUGUCCUCUACACUCCACCAUCAUUUGUAUCGGACUUGCAAACGGCACCACCACCGGCUCUGAUCAAUUUGUCGUCCAAUCUGACACCGCCACCUCAGAUCACAAUCUCGUCAGAUUCGGCACCCCCUGGCAGCUUCGUAGGCCGGGCAUGUUCCAUUUUGCCGCAAGACUCGGCCUCGGAGAUCAACCUCCCUCUGCAAGACAGAGUUCCCCUGCGCACAUCGAUCGACAGAAGAGCCAUUCGAGCUGGGUUGCAGGACUGGACCGAGGAGCAGCUCCUUCAAACCAUCGAUGAACUCGGCGAUGCGCUGAUUGGGAACAUGAUUUGGAGGCUCAAGGUCCUCUGCGGGGCCGACGAUAUGGCGUGGUUGGUCCAGGAUCUGUACCAGCAGAACGACCGUCACCUCGACAUUCUGGACAUUGUCUGCGAGGAACUGGAUGCAAGGCUGGGACUUGGAUAUGGAGAAGGUGUCCUGGCUCUAUCGUGGUGGUGGCUGGAGGGCUAG